GCGAAUCUCUAACCAAAACAAACCUGCAUUCCUGGGAUACGAAUCUCGGGGCUGAGGAAGACUUUGGAAAAAGAGAAAAAUAUCGAUAAUUUGAAAUGGCUGAUGAUAUUGAUGAUCUUCUCGAUGAAGUUGAGAAGAGUUUAGGGAAACCAAAGGAAAAACCCAAAGCAUACAAGACAAGCACCAAAAUAGACGAUCUUACGGACCUCUUGGAUGACUUUGAACCUCCUCUAGAACCAGUGGUAGCUGAGAAAAUUGUGGCCCCAGACACAAGCACCCAAGCAUCAAUUAGUAAUAAAAAAUGCUAUCCACUUUACCUUGGGGGAACCUCUCUACCUGUUGGCAUGUCAACAGGAGUUACUGUGAGAGCAUGCAACCAGCUUCGGUGCUUGGAGUGUGAUUGCGCAGUCAUCACCUUUGAAGGGUUUCAGUGGUCAGACAACACUGAUUAUCUCUUCCUCCGCAACAAUUACCCUGUUGCUGCACGACUCAGGGCUCGUCUCAAUCCUCUCCGUGGGACCCGAGCAUACACAUGUCAGUGUAAGCAGCGAUCUGUGAAUGCAGCAACACAGCUUCCUGCAGAUUCUGAAAUGAAGUGGGUUUGUGGAAAACACUGAUGUAUUCUUAUCCUGAUUUUUUUUUUAUCAUCAUUACCCAUGUGGUGUGUGGGGGUAUAAGUUUCUUACUAGUUGCUACAAGAAUUUAUUAGUUUCUUGUAUGAGAAAUUUGAGGAAAGCCUCUUUUUUUUUACUGGCAUUCAUUAUUAUAAUGAUUAUGUUUUUCUUUUAUAUGUCUUAAGAUUUCUAGAUUUUUAUUUCUUUUGUAUUUUUUGUUAAAGUCACAUGAUUUUUAUUUAAUUGUAUUUGUAUAAAAAUAAUAAUGAUAAUAAUGGACCAAUUGAACUGCAGAUAGUUACUAUAAAAAAGGUCAAACUAGCAGCAGUUCCUAAGACUAACUGGGUCAUCUUUAGUUAUGCAGUUAAUUGGAUAAGUUGAAUAUUCAAUUUGAAGUUACUUUUAUGUAUUUAUAUAGAUAUGCAUUCUUAAAAGAGUUAUUGUUGCUAUUUUCAAUAUACAUAACAUGUCACUCAGAUAUAUUCAUUAGUUUCAGAUAUGUUGAGUGAGUAUAGUCAGCAAAUUUUAAAGGAUUUUUUUGUCCAAUUAAACCUUGUGUCUAGUCUAUGUCAAUGCUAGUCAUUGAAUUUACUUUAAAUGAUUGCUUCUCUAAUUUAACAGAAAAAAAUUAAUUGCCAGUUAUGAAAGGAGAAUGAAAACAUUAUAUGAAAUAAAAUAUCAUUUUGAUACUGCCUUAACAGUUCUGAAAGGAUUUUUCCUGAGUUGGUUUGCUUAGAUGUCAGUAUUAUCUUUCAAAGAUUUGCAUAAUUUGCAUUUAAAACUCUGCACUAUAACCCCCUAAUACAUUGUUGUCUUUUGCCUCAUGAUGAAAUAAAUGUAGUGAAGAUAUUUUGGGCACAAUAAAUCAUAUUGUUAUCUGAUGAUCAAAAGAGUGGUUUCUGCUUAGUAUAUAAGGUUUUAGAGUUUUUGAAUUUUGUUUAAUUGAUAUCAAUCAUGAAAAUACUGUUGUCAUUGUGGUUGAUUCAAUGAUUUGAUUCAAUUCUUUAUCUAUCUAUUUUAUCCUUACAUGUAAGUUUUUAUGCAUUUGUUUAUAGAUGUUUGCUAUAAUUUAGUAUUUAUUUUAGCUCAAAACCUGGUAAUUGCAAUAUUUGUAAAGUGGAUAAAUUGGACUUUGUCUUUCUUUUUCUUUUGAUGAUUUUUGUUUGUUUCAGUCUGGAUGCAUAGAUAACCAAGAAUGAUAACUGCCUUAUUCCAUCCUUUUUGGCUCAAAAUUUAGUUAGUGCUCAUUAUUUUCAGGCUCAGUUACUUAACCCAUUGCCAGCACUUGCACAUACAUGUCAUGGCCACUACAAUUUUAUAAUAUUUAUUAUGUUUACACAUAGAUGGCUCCACAACAGUCAAGUCACUGAGGAGUCAAUUACUAGUUCUUCAUAUCUUACCUGUUUUCCCUUAUCCUUGAUCUUUGGAAAACUCAUUUUACAUUUGUUAUUGAUAUUAGUAUAUUAACGAUUUUGAUGUUCACACUAUCAUCAAUAAUAAUAACAGCAUGUACAUUAAUAUGAUGACACAAAGACACUUUUUCCCCACAAAAGUCACGGAAUGGGGAAAUCAGGGAAGGACUUCUAAGGCCUUCAAAUUCACUCCUUUGUGACCGAGCUCUUGUGUGUAAACAAAAUUCACAAAAUAAAAUACAGCGGAUAGUUGAAAUGCCCUGCUGUAUGUUUUAAUACCAUUUUCCUUUUUUUUUUUUAUAUGUCUUUAGAGAUUAGGUUUUGAUAUAUUUUGAUAUUAUUUGUGUUCAGUUUCUUGUAAGAACAUUAGAAACAUUAUGUUAAUGAAGCAUUAAUGGUGAAUGCGAUCAUUAUUUCUUUUUCUUUUGUAUCUUAUUCCAUCCAUUUCAUUCCGUCCAUUGAAUUUUUCUAAACCUAGAUGGUAAUACUAGGUAAUGAUAAAUAAUGUUUUAGUUUUUAUGCUCGACUAUAGAGGCAUAAAAAAUACAUUGUACUUGUAACUGAUCUCUAGUCAAGAAAAAAAAUAUUUAUAAACUGCAUUGUAUUGCUUCUUACUUAUGAAAAUAAAAGAUUGAAUGGUGUGUCA